CAGGACUUGUGUUCCUUGAGAUCAGUAGACUUCAGCGGCUCCGCUUCUCUUGUUUGGAGCUCCGAUCUUCAAACCCUCUGGUUUCGUUCUCUCGAUCUCUGGGCGAUUUCAGGCGAUUUUUUGUAGCCGGUUGCGAUCUCUGAUCAAGGAACAAUGUUGCCUCUCUCGCUUCUCAAGACUGCGCAAGGACAUCCUAUGCUGGUGGAGCUAAAGAACGGGGAGACGUAUAAUGGCCAUUUGGUGAACUGUGAUACUUGGAUGAAUAUCCACCUCCGUGAGGUCAUCUGCACUUCCAAGGAUGGAGAUAGGUUUUGGAGGAUGCCAGAAUGCUAUAUUCGCGGGAAUACUAUCAAAUAUCUUCGAGUUCCAGAUGAGGUUAUUGAUAAGGUUCAGGAAGAAACUACCAAGACCAGAUCAGACCGUAAGCCUCCUGGUGUAGGACGGGGAAGGGGAAGAGGCAGAGAGGAGGGUCCCAGUGGACGGCCAGCCAAGGGUAUUGGACGUGGCCAAGAUGAUGGGAACAACAAAGGUGGUGGCCGCGGCAGAGGUGUGCCUGGUGGUAAAGGUGGUGGAGGCAGAGGUGGCGGCCGUGGGCGUGGCUGAUGUAAAUUCAAGGAGAGUACGCUGCAUUUUAAGGCUUCUCUCUGCUACGUCUGGUGGUUUUCCGACCUUCAUGCUGUGUCUUAUACAGUUCGUGCCUUGUUAUAUGAGGAAUAUUCUGAUGCUCUAGCAAAACUCAGUUUUUCGCAGAACCUUUACUCUUAUAAACUAAUUCAAUUUACUGCCUUUGUUACUGCUGUUUUUUGUUAAUGGUGAAUAUCUUAUGUGAAAAUUAUUGCACUUUGUUUUGAAACUUCUUGUGUAAUCUUUGGUGGCACUUAUUAAAGUAGAAUCUUCCCAGUUCUUUACA